CCUUUAAUUAGGUCACUCCUUAAAUUUUCAUUUACAGCCAUCGCACGAAGUUAAGCCGGUACCGCCUACGUAGAGGAAGCAAGGAAGCAAUAUGUCCGCUCCAUCCCUGGACCCCAUCCUGCCGUUACCUCUAGACCAAGCACUAUUGAAAGAUGUGCAGGACCAAGCAAGGGACUUUGCAUACAGCCAUGGUGUGGUCAUGAGGAUGCCCCACCGGCCAGAAAGGUCAGAGGUCAUCUGUCAUGCUCCCUACACACUGAUCCCGUCUCCAUUUCCGAGGGUGUUCUUUGAGAAAGCCAAGAGGCUUCAGCAGGCCAUUAAUUUGCUCUUGUAUAGAGUGAGUCAAAACAAAGACUUCUUGACACAAACACUGUCCAGAACAAUAGAAGGGGAUGAUUUCACAGGCAAACUAUUCAAGAUAUAUCAGCAAGUGCAUGAUGAAAAAUUAUCGAAAGACAUUGAGUUAGGCCUUUUAAGAACAGACUACAUGCUUGAUACUGCCCGGGGUGAGUCUGGUAAUCUUGCGCUGUCAAUGGUUGAAAUGAACACAAUGGCUGCUUCCUUUGCUGCCCUAGCAACUAAUGUAACACCAUUACACAGGUAUGUCCUUGGACUAUGUCGCAAAGAGUUUGAACCGUCCUGUAUACCAGAUAAUCAAGCAAACAAAGGUUUGGCCCAAGCCAUUGUCAAAGCAUUCCACCUCUAUGGUCAACCUAGUGCUGCAGUAUUCUUCAUCGUCACCUCCAAAGAACCCAACAUCUUUGACCAAAGGUUCCUGGAGUAUGCCAUCACAGACUGCGACCACAAGAUCAAGGUCAUGAGGAAAACAUUGGGUGACAUCGGGCACAGAGGUGAACUCACAAAGGACAGGAGGUUAUUCAUAGAUGGCACAGAAGUGGCAGUUUUGUAUUACCGAUCAUGCUAUACUCCUCACCAAUUUCCAACAGAGUUUGAAUGGAAGGGGAAACUAAUGGGAGAGCAGUCUAGAGCUGUCGUCAGCCCGUCGAUCUCAUGGCAUCUCGUUGGAACCAAGAAGAUCCAGCAGGAACUAGCCAAGCCCGGGGUCCUGGAACAGUUUGUUGAGGACCAGGAGGUGACAGAUUUCAUCAGGUCCUCGUUUGCGGGCCAGUACUCCCUAGAUCUGACUCCCGAGGGGGAUGAAGCUGCCCGAAGAGGUAUAGAGAAUCCAAGGAGAUAUGUCAUGAAACCUCAGAGAGAGGGUGGAGGCAAUAAUAUCUACGAUGAUGAGGUGCGGACCAUGUUGGAGAAGUUGGCAGGCAACCAAGAGAGGGAGGGCUUUAUCUUGAUGGAUCGCAUCCUUCCCCCCAUCCAUCAGAACUACCUGCAGCCAUGCGGGGUAUUCGAUGACCUCAAACUGUCAAAGGUCAUGAGCGAGCUGGGAAUAUACGGGACGAUUAUAAGUCAUAAUGGUGAAGUUGUGCUGAAUGAAAGUGAGGGCCAUCUCCUGCGGACCAAGCACACGGAUGAGAACGAAGGGGGAGUGGCUGCAGGAGCAUCCUGUGUGGACAGUCCUUUCCUAACUUGACGAUGGUCAUGCUAAUCAUCCAGCUCCCUGGCCGGGUGUGCUUCCAAAAUUUCAAAUCUUAUGUCAAGGCCAAUUGUAAAACAGGUCCUAUUUUCUCAUAAAGAAAUUUUAUAAAAAAUAAAAGGAAAUGAUCAGAUAAAAAUACACAAUCAUUUAAUUUGUGAGAAUAAAACAAAUAUAUGAUCAUACAUGCUUAUAACUGUACUUACAGGUGAUCUGUUAUUUGCUCUAGAUUUUAUUUCAUCUAAAUCAUAGGUGUUGGGGUUAGAGUUAGAGUUGCAGUUGGGUUUCGAGGUAGGUUUAGGGCUAGUUUAAGGUGAGGUAUAGUGUUUGGUUCAGGGUGGAUCAGAGAAGUUUGUUCAGUAUUGGAAAUUACUUUGGAACAAUUGUUGUAGGAGCAAGUGUCUUACAGCCUUAUUACAACUCAAAAGAUGAUAUUGCAAUAAUUAUUAUCACAACACUGCCAAAAGAUACAUAAACAGCAAAGCACACAGAAUUACAAUGUACCAUUUGAUCUUCUUUAUUCUUUUGGAUAUUUUUUUUGAAACAAUUUUUUGUAGAACUCCCAAGCCUGUAUGCUCUAUCUUACAUGAUUACAUAAAUAGAGAAUACUCAAAAUGUGGUUGAAGACAAUUUUCUGGUUCCAAAGAUAAUUUGUGAGAGUCAUUUUCCAAAGUUAUAGAUUUAAUCGUCUGUUGAAAGCAAGAAGGGCUCUAACUCCAUGUUCAAGUAUAUGUGUGAACACCCUUCUAGCAUCAAACAGAUGUGUACUUAACUGUCAAAACCUUUAUAAGGCCAAGUCUUUUGAAUAUCAAGUUCUGUGUCUCAGGUGACUUUUUGUAUUGAUUGUGUAAAAAGGCCACCUGUCUACAAAUGCCAUUCAUUCUGUUUCGUGGCCUUUAUAUACAAGAUUGAAUGUAUACAGUGUACUUACCUCAUAUAGAUUAUUAUGAGUAAUUAUGAUUGAAAAUGUAAACAUCAUUAUACUAAUCAUCAUUAUGUGAAGAGACACCCUUAGUUUCAAUUAAAAGUGUUAUGCAACUGAAACUCUAGGUGUGCAAUAUUUGGAACAGACUUUUAUCAUUUUUAGUAGUCAAGAUGAGACUCGACUUGUCAAGUGAGAAUUUUAAGUUGAUUCUUAUUUUAAGUUUAUUAUUAUGCUUAAACUUUAGCAUUAAUCAUGAUUUAUCUGUGGUAGUAUCCAAUACUUUUACAUAAUAUAUUACUUUCACAAUUAUUUCCACAGUAUUGAUUUGUUAUGUGCAAAAAAAUUACACGAGUAAGUGGCUUAGCCUUUAUAUUGUACUGUGAUUCAUCAUCCAAUGUGUAUAUUUGAUUCAUAUAUUUGCCAAUAAAUCAUGAUUUAUUUAACUAACA